ACUGGGAGUCAAAUGUUCCCUCUGCCCGUCUUCGAUACCCAGGGACCCAUUUUACUUAACUGCCAUUUCCCCUCACAUUUGACCUCUCUGAAACUUUAAAUUGAUAUAACAUCUUCCACAGUUUCACUCCUCCACAUCUACUGGGCAACUUUCAAACCACAAGCCAUGCUACUUCCCUCGUCACUACUACUCGUCCUUGGCCUCCUCCCUUGGAGUCCCAGUGCAUCAUGGGCUGCUAAAGUGAUCGUGGUUCCACCCAUCAUGUUUGAAUCACACUUGUAUAUCUUCAAGACGCUGGCUGAGGCUCUACACCAGGAGGGCCAUGAGACCCAUUUUUUAAUUUCAGAGGGUCGUGGUGUACCCCCUUCCCCUAACUUCCACUUACAGCGCUACCCAGGGAUCUUUAACAGCACCACAGCUGACAAUUUCCUUCAGUCCAAAGUCAGCAACAUUUUCUCAGGCAGACUAACAUUUCUUGAACUUUUUGACAUCCUUGACCACUACUCCCAGAACUGUGAUGCUGUGGUUGGCAGUGUUGAGGUAAUGACCCGCCUCAAGGAGGCCAAGUUUGACCUGCUACUGGUGGACCCUAAUGAGAUGUGUGGUUUUGUGAUUGCUCAUAUCCUGGGUGUGAAAUAUGCGGUGUUCAGCACAGGCCUGUGGUACCCCGCGGAGGCAGGUGCCCCAGCCCCCCUUUCAUAUGUUCCCGAAUUCAACUCAUUGUUGACAGACCGCAUGUCUCUGCCCCAGAGGAUCGCCAACACAGCUGUUUACCUGGUGCAGCGCUUUGGAGUCCGUUAUAUUGCAUUACCCAAGUAUGACCGGAUUAUGAAGAAACAUGGAGUGACGCCUCAAGUGGCCAUGUCUGACCUGGUGCAGGGCAGCCGGCUGUGGAUGCUGUGCACCGACAUGGCUCUGGAGUUCCCCAGGCCCACCCUGCCUCACGUGGUGUACAUAGGAGGCAUCCUCACCAAGCCCCCCAACCCACUGCCACAGGAUUUUGAGGCGUGGGUGAAUGACACAGCAGAGCAUGGCUUUGUGGUCGUUUCGUUUGGAGCUGGGGUCAAGUACCUUUCCCAUGACAUAGCUCACAAACUGGCAGGAGCCCUCGCCAGGCUUCCCCAGCGUGUCGUCUGGAGGUAA